AUGAGUAGGAUUGUUAAGGAGUAUAUGGGGUUGCAGAAACGGUUGCAGACCCCUGAAUUCUCAUGGAUCAGUUUUCUUGCACCGGUAGAUGAUGAUGACUUAUCCGAAUGGGUAUGUCGAUUCCAAGGCCCGUCAGAAUCGCCGUUUGAAGGGUUUGAGUUGGGUUUGAACAUUACCAUAGAUCUGGAAAAGUAUCCGAUCAGUGGCGGUCCUCGGGUUCUGUUUGAGCCACGUACCGUGGCUCACCCUAACGUGAAGUGGGACACGGGCGAGAUUUGCCUAGAUCUUUUGAAAGAUGCAUGGACCCCGAUAUAUACCUUGCUAGAUGUUGUUGGAGCUAUAAGAGAUUUGUUGGCAGACCCUGGUUUGGACUCGCCACUAGAUCUAGACAUUGCCCAGAUAUACGAUGCUGACUAUGAAGCCUACGUGCAGAUUGUUAGGUAUAGACUUGAGGAGGCGCGGUUGGCACGCGUUUGA